AUGGCCGACCUACGGCAGGAAUCCUUUAAGCUGCUACGAGAGCCUUGUGUUGAGCUCAGCUCGGUUGGCUUACGGUUUCGCGGGAAUCAUGCCUUCGCUGUGGAUGUUACUCGAGCUCUUGAACCCGUGCACCGGACUCUAAAGGAGCUUGCGGCGAAGAACACACUGGAUGGCAAGCUUGCCGAGUAUGCCUUCUUUCCGCUCUCGCAUAUCUUCAACGAAACGCAUCGCCUUCCAGCACGAUGCCUCGAACUAGCUGUACAAUGUCUACACCUGAUUAUAUCGGAUGGCUGGCGAGAACAGUUAUCGCCGGCGCUGGGAAAGCAGUUGGUUAUACUGUUGACGCUGAUGGUGGGAGGAUCUGCGAAUAAGGCUGAUGGGCAACAACCACUGAAGGCACAGGUAGCGGAAGAACUAUCCGUUGCGUGCUUUGAUUGCCUUCGUUCUAUCGUUGAUAUGCUACGAGGUCCCGUCGCUGAUAAAACCAUCUUCCACGAAAUUGGAACGGCUACGGUUGUCGAUCAGACUGUGUAUAUCCUGCUCGAGGGAGUCGUGGAUGAAAGGUCCGAUGAAAUCGGGAUUUCCGCUGCCAGAGCACUUCAAUCUCUCUAUACCCGCAUCACAGACCGUGUCGUCUUAGCCAGCAUCAUGCCACGCACUGUUUCUGUACUAGCAAAGGUGAUCCGUCCUACAACGCAAAGUCGGCGGUCCUACAAGCUCUUGGAAAUAUGCCUGGAGGUUCUGAAUCGAUUGCUCAAAGUUGUCCUGAAUGAUCAUGCAGUCGCCAAAACAGAAACGGCGCCCGUUGUUCCUGCCGAAUCGGACAAAGUUGCUCUUGAUGCUUCCUGGCUAAAAGCUACGACCACCCAAAUCAAACUGGCGCUCGUCAAUGUCACUCAAAUACGACGCCACCAAAGGCCGGAGGUCCAAUCUGCCUUGUUGGAUCUCUGUGUGAUGGUGAUUGAGGACUGUCAGACCACUUUGAAGGAUGCUGUUCCCAUGAUGGCUGAAACCAUUGUCGUCUUAGCCGAUAACGAAGGCGAUUAUCCGAACCAGGCUUACCUUACGCUCAUCCAUCUUGCCACGACUUAUUCGGUCGUGUUAGACUCGCUGAAGGAAUCGCUUCAUACUUGGCUCACGGCAUUCCCGCGAAUCAUGCAAAGCAACGACGAAACAGCCAAGCAGUGGGGAAUCCGACAAAUCUCCACUGUCUUCCAAAUCCUGUCUCAAAUGCAAUCUGGGUCAGACCUGCUUACAGGCAGUCUGGCCUCUGGUUUGUGCGAUAGUAUGGGAGCUGUCGUAAACCAUGGCACUAACUCCCUGCAGUCAGUAUCGACCCCAGGUGAUCUGCGCUGGGAUGUACUUGCCUCCGAAUCCAAAUCUAUAGCCUUCCCACCUGUGCUACUCGAGCAUCAGAGUCAGCAGCAAACAUUAAAAGACAUGCGGGCGUUUAUUAUGAGGCUGAAUCUGUCCGAGUCAGGCAAUGAAAUCACGAGGUCCAUAAUCAACCGCCUGCAUGCUGUAUCAGAAGAUUCAGCCGUUGCCCCAUACUGGCUAGCCCUGACCUCCUUGCGAGCCCAGUCGCAGCAAUCCGCAGAUUUUGAUGACUUUAUUGCCGAUGAUCAUGUAGAGGGAUCUAGUUCACUCGUGAAACGUGCUGGCAUGAUCGAAGAGUUGUACUACACUUCACUUACAAUUCUGAACGAUCUGCCAGUCGACGGCUCUGGUGAUUGGCGAAUGUCAGCUCUCGCGUUGGAAGCCGUGGCUCUUCAAGCCCAGCAAUUAGGAGAGGCAUUCCGACCCGAACUCAUGGAUGCCUUAUACCCAACACUGCAGCUACUCGCUUCCAACAACACUACUCUCCAGCGGCAUGCUAUGAUAUGUCUCAACGUCCUCACUCAAGCAUGCAACUACCCUGACGCUGGCUCCAUGAUCAUCGAAAAUGUAGACUACUUGGUUAAUUCGGUGGCUCUCAAGCUGAACACGUUCGAUGUAUCACCAUACCCGCCCCAAGUGCUCUUUAUGAUGGUCAAGCUAUGUGGUGCACAACUCGUUCCAUACUUGGAUGACCUAGUCGACUCUAUCUUUGGCAUCCUUGAUCUCUAUCACGGCUAUCCCAAGCUUGUCGAAAUGAUGUUCAAGACAUUGGCUGCUAUUGUGGAGGAGGGAUCACGGAAACCGGCUCUGUUGACGAUUGACAGUGGCCGAGAGACGGGACCACACGACAGUCGCAAGUCACAAUAUCAGCAUCUCUCUAUAUCAACGGUCGCGAAUGAUAUCGCAACCCGAAAGACCAAACGUGUUGAAAACACCGAAAAUGACGUUGAGAUUGAUGGCACACUCUCACACCCCCAAAAGCCUUGGUCGGAGACUUACGAGAAGCCCCCACCCGAGCCGGAAUCCAUCGAAGAGUUAUUGAAGCAAGCUGAAUCUGAUGAACCACUUCCUCCGCCCAAGGAACCAGAGGAUAGCGAGAAGCCACUUAGCAAAACCCACUCUCUGCUUCUUCACAUUGUCAAAUCCAUCCCCUCGCACAUUUCGUCUCCUUCGCCAUACCUUCGACGCGCUCUCCUCUCAAUACUCAUUGAAGUGCUCCCAUCUCUGUCUCAAAAUGAAAACAGCUUCCUGCCUCUCAUCAAUGACCUUUGGCAUUCGGUCGCUUCAAGAGUCAUUUUCCCAUCAUCCCUAACGGGCGAUUUCUCCUCAUCCGCCCUCAUCAACAGAUCUCCCGCAGAGUCUCGAAGCUCUACCAACCAGCCCGAUAACCACACAUUCCAAGAGGAGACCUUUGUCAUUACAACGGCUUGCCAGGUAAUUGAAGCCAUGUGCAAGGGCGCUGGUGAUUUCAUGGCCUCGCGUGUUGAAACGGAAUUCCCCCGUUGGCACCGACUCUACCAGCGCGUCUGGGCCCAAGUACGGCAGGAUGCCGAGGUGGCCAAUGAGCGACGUGCUCGACAACAAAGGAAGGCCAACGUCGCCCCGACCGCUGCGGCAUCAGCUAUGCAACCAACAGGCGCAGCAGCUGAGGGCAUGUUCGCACUGACACCAUCUCUCGCCUUGUCGCCGACUGCCUCCGGCUCGCGCACAUUCACACCCCAACACGCUCUGUGGAGGGCUUUAAUCUCCCUGUUCAUCACUAUUCUUUCUCGCGUCCGGCUUCCUCUAGAAGCAGGAGAUCAAAUCUGCGAGAUUCUGGGCGCAUGGAUCGCACUCUUUGUUGGGCCAGAGUAUUACUUCCAACCACCAGAGCGAGCUUCCCCAUUAACAUCAGAUGAUGUCUCAAGAUCGAUGCUGGAAUCAGUGGAAAAUGCUAUUCAUGCAAUGGAGACUUGGAAUCCUGAUCUGACUUGGUUCGUCAUGACCUCACAUCGAGCCAAGCCAUCUGCCUCGCGUGUGUCCGAGGUAGUUGAUGUCAUUGAAGUUUUCGGCGAGCCCUUACAGUAUGCGGUGGUAGCAUUCUAG